CACAUGAUCCCCAUUUGUAGCCUUCCCAGCUGAUUUCUGACAAUGGGGGAAAGCCAGAUUCCCUUAACGACCGAUUCAUUUAACAACUGCAGUGAUUCACUUAACAACUGCGCCAUGCCAGGUCAUAAAAACGGGGCAAGACAAUUGCCUUGUUUAGCCAUGGACAAGUUGGGCAACAACUGUGGUCGUGGAGGACUAAGUACUUGUAUAUAUGUGUUGCAGUUCAGCUCCUAUAAUCCCCAGCCAAGUAGCCUGGGGAUUAUGGGAGUGGGAGUCCCGUACAUCCAGAGGAUUCCUAUUUGGGGGGGGGGAACUGCUCUCAAGGAAAAUGAGAGAGACCUGAGUCUUUUGUGUUGUUGUGUCCUUUUCAGGGGCGAUCCCAACGUGUGUGACAUUUGGGGAAACACACCGCUGCACCAUGCGGCCUCCAACGGCCACACCCCCUGCGUCUCCUUCCUGGUCAAUUUCGGCGCCAAUGUUUUCGCCCUCGACAACGACAUGCGCUCGCCCCUCGACGCGGCGGCCAGUCGGAGCCAGUAUCAAUGCGUCCAGAUCCUUGACAAGGCAGCCACCGAGCAGAGCAUCAAAAACCCCAAGCGGGUGGCCCGCCUGAAGGCCCAGGCCCAGCGCGAGGUGCAACGGCAAAUCCACCUGUGUGAAAAGCGCCAGAACAAGCACCAGCUGGACAUGACCAGGCAGUUCCACAAAGGAUCCAUCCAGCUGAGUCACGGCUCCGCCACCAGGACGAAAGUCUCUCAGUUCUUCGCCACCGGCUCGCUCAGCAACGUCCCCAAGCAGUUGAAGGACACUUUCAAGCUGAAGACCAAGAAGAAAGAGGAGAAUAGCCCAGCCGGGAGCCCCGGAGCCGAGAAGGAGGGCUUCUCUGGAGAAACCACCGCGAUGGAUUCGUCCUCCGAGAAGGAGGUAGAAGAUCUGAUGUGCGGCUUUCAAAAGAAGAUCAGCUUUUCUGAAGAAGACGAGGACUUGGGACAGAGGUCUAUUUUCAACCGCCCAGGUCUUGGCAACCUCGUCUUUCGAAGUCAGAAGACGGAGGCCUUGCUUCCUGAGAAAGAAGGCAGGGCCUUUCAAAUUCCAGAGCUCUUUCAGCUGAAGGAGACCCUUGGCGCUUCAGACCACGAAGAUGACCCUGAAGCCUCCUGGAUGGAAGAAGCCAUUGGGUGGGAUGAGGACCGAGAAGAGGCGCCUCUCCUUGAAGUGUUCCUGGUCGCUCAUCACCUCCAUGAAUUCCUCCCCAUCCUGAUGAGGGAAAACAUUGAUUUGGAAAGCCUGAUGCUUUGUUCCGACGAAGAUCUGCAGAGCAUCCAAAUGCAGCUGGGGCCUCGCAAGAAAGUUCUCCACGCCAUCAGCAAAAGGAAGUUAGCUUUCGAAAAACCAGGCUUGGUCAGGGACACCCAAUUAUAAACACAGAAUGGUUCCUCCGGUCAAUGGUUUGAUACGCACUCCACAAAACAGUUCUCUCGUCUUCUUUUUUUUUGUGAAGGUGGAAGAGGACGAGAAGGGACCAAAGAUGACAUCUAUGCAAUCCCCACAAAUCUUUUCAGCUUCAACAUUGCCAAGUAGCCAUUGAUUCAGAAGAUCUGGGUGAAGAAACCUCUGUAGAACAGGGGUGUCAAACUCAAGACCCAGGGGUGGGCUUCAAAAGUUUUAGCAAGGGGUUCUCCGCCUGGUUAAUGGGUUGGCGUGACCAUGGUAGGUGUGGCCUAGUAGGCCUCCUGUAUCACGGCGGGGAGGGGCGUUUUUGCCCUUCCUGGGCUUUCCACUGAGCCUCCAGGAGGGUAGAAACGGCCUUCCCAGGCUCUGGAGGCCCUGGGGAUGCUGGAAACUGGCCCGUUAUUGACCUUCCUGAACUUUCAGCCGGCCCAUUUUUCACCCUCCUGGAGUCUCCGAAUGUGCCCUACAUUUACCUGCAUCCGAAACAGGCCAUGUGGGAACUCCUGGGAGGGGAGGGAUAGAUAGGGGGCAGGGAGUGGGAUUUGGGGGUUGUCCGAACUGCACAGAAUCUUAGCUAGCGGGUCUUCCCAACCCCUGCGAAACCCCAUCAGCCCACUCUGCGGGCCGCAUCUGACCCAGGGGGUGCUAAGAUUUGGCCCACAUGGCCAUCCUGGAAACAUCGAAGGACCAGCUUACAGUGCCUCUGCCGGCAAAAAUGGGUUCCCAAUCUCCAGCCCUCCCGAGCUCCGUUUUCGCUGGCAGGUUGCAGGAGGCUGUCCCGGCCGAAAACGGAGAUUGGGAGCCUGUUUUCACUGGUAGGGCAUUCGGGGCCCCACAGGCACCCGUGACACUAGUGACGUCAAGCUGGCCACACCCCCUGGCCACACCCCACACACCCCUGAGGUCAAACACAGCCGUGAUUUGUCC